AUGCCACCAAAGAAAGAUGCAUUUGCUGAUUUGUUUCAAUCGGCAAGCACACUGAGACAGUCUAGUGAUGGUGUUGGUAGUGGUGGAGUUGGCCUCACGAAUGCAAGGAUGAACAAAUUGUCGUUGGCUGAACGUGAAAAAUUGCAACAACAGGGUUCCCAGUCUCUGAAUCCUCCACAUUCAAGCUGGUCCGAUUUGGAUAUACUUUCGCCUCAACCAAGAGGCCAAGGAACAGCACUGCCCGCUAUGAGUUUCUCCGGUGCUCCAGAAACAAUUCCCUCGCCGUCGGUGACUCCUCAGUCAAACACAGGUUCGAGUAGAUUGAGCGCAAAGCAAGAUGACAAUGACCCAUUCGACAUUUUCAUGACUUCCAAGCCUCAACCACAGCCUCAGUCUCGGCAUCAACCUCAAGUUCAACCUCGGCCAUCUAACGGGGCUCAGCUGGGAAAGUCGCUAUUGGACGAUGACGAUUUCAUCGACGUGUUCUCAGAACCAGAAAAACCAAAACCACUGCAACAACUGCAACUGACUCGAGCCAAGCCACGGGACUCGGCGUCAGAUAUACCAAGCCGUGCAUCUACUCCCCGAGCUAAACCCAGCGGAGACGAAAUCAUCGCAGAACUAGUCAAUAUCGGAUUCGACAUUGAACAAGCCAACGAAUCACUUCGCAAUUGCGGCCCCAAUUUACAAUCGUGUGUAAACUACAUUAUUUCCAACGGCUCAAAGAAAAAAAAAUCCGGUACUAGUUACGAUGAUUCGGUAUUGGGCCCACGCCCCGAGGGCAUCAACUUUAAUGGACUCGGGAACGAUAUUUAUAGAAAAGCAGGGGCGUUUUUCAAUUUUUCCAAGAACAAAAUCAUGGACCAGAUUGACCAGUUUGGCGGUGCUGAAGCUGGCGUGCCUGCGUGGAUGAAGAAUCAAGCUAAGCAUAGGAAAAAUGGAGACGAACAAAGUUACGGGGGCGGCGGGGCUGAUGAUGAUGAUGAAGAUAUGGAUCGUGUUGAGAUUGAGCGUGUGGUGAGGUUGCAGCGGGAGAAAGAACGCGCUAGGUUGCGGGAGAGAUUAGAUGCAAGGAAUCAAGAGAAAAUUGGCGUUGGUGGUGCUGGUGGUGCUGGCUCUGGCUCUGGAUUAGGGAGGAAUGGGAACGGUCGUUCUCUGGAUUUGAGUGCAUCAUUGAAAAGUGAUGCAAGCCGAUUGGAGAGGCUGCAGGAUGACUCAGCUAGGCCCGAUGGUUCCGGUAGCAGUCGAGCCAAUUUGGAGACUGUUGGGAGACCAUCACCAAGACCAUCACCAAGACCGUCAACAGCUCCUUCACCAUCACCCGCACCACCAGGUGAGCCGGUUUCUGAAGUUGAUCUUAUUGGAAUAUCGUCAUCGACUCAACCACCAAGCACCAAGUCGUCAUCACUCCGAGAUUCAACACCCCUAAAUCAAUUUAUUCAGACAGACUAUACCACGAAUAAAACAAAAGCAUCUCAAGCAUACACCACUGGAGACUACACACUAGCAUUGGAACUAUAUGGUGCAUCCUUGACCAGUUUACCACCAAGACAUGAACUACGAAUUGUGAUAAACUCCAACCUUGCAUUAAUUAACAAACUACUGGGCCAUUUGAAGCCUGCAUUGGUCAAUGUCGAAGAUUCAUUGAGCCUAAUGUCAUUGGAAGAAUGCAAUGAUUCGCGGAUCUUGUUAUCUGAAAAGCCGAUAAAGUAUUGGUAUGUGAAAUUAGUGCUGAUUCAAGCAGAGGCCUUGGAGUUGAUGGAGAAGUAUCAAGAUGCUUUGGAUUCGUAUACGUUGUUGAUUCAAAAAUUGGGAUGUAUGGAUAAGAAGAUUAUGGACGGGAUGCGUCGUGUUGAUAAAAUUGUCAAUCCGCAAAACUACAAACCCGUGAAACCAGCGAAGCCACAACCAGCGAAGCCAGCACGGUCACAACCAGUCAACGGGGCGCCACUGAAACCCAAGUCGGUGGAGGAAAAACCAGAGUUAGAUCCACUCAUCAAAGACCAGAUAGAGUCCCAAGUAGAAACAUGGUCCAAGCAAAGAAACAACGAACUACGCAAAUUGCUAGCUGACCUACACGUGAUCCUUCCCAUCACUUUAGCCAAUGACAAACUACUUCAUUUGCAACUGCAAGAUCUCGUGCUACCAAAACAAGUCAAGAUCCAAUACAUGAAAGUCAUCAGUUCGAUACACCCUGACAAAUUGGCAAGCCGUGGGCUAGACCCUCGAGUCGAGUUGGUUUGCAAGUUUGUCUUUAUCAAGUUGAACGAAACAUGGGACGCGUUUAGGAAAGAGGAGAACAUAUGA